AGAAGCCCACGAGUGCGAUUUCACUUCUCAUGGCUGUGCUCCUGAAGAGGUUGUUGCAUACCUGGAGGCCCCCGGCGGCCUUGGGCCGCCCCCUGGGACGGCGCGAGGCCAGCCUGGGCACUCAUGCCGGGGCUGCGGUGCGAGUGCGGUUCGCCCCCAGCCCCACAGGCUUCUUGCACCUGGGCGGCCUCCGCACUGCCUUGUACAACUACAUCUUUGCCAAGAAGCACCGAGGGAGCUUCAUCCUGAGGCUGGAGGACACGGAUCAGACCCGCCUUGUGCCUGGGGCAGCGGAGAAUAUAGAGGACAUGCUGGAGUGGGCAGGCAUCCCCCCUGACGAGAGCCCCCGCCGGGGAGGUCCUGCAGGGCCCUACCUGCAGUCUCAGCGACUUGCGCUCUAUGCCCAGGCCACCGAAGCUCUGCUGAAGAGCGGUGCUGCGUACCCGUGUUUCUGCUCACCCCAGCGGCUGGAGCUCCUGAAGAGGGAGGCCAUAAGGAACCACCAGACACCCCGGUAUGACAAUCGGUGCCGGAGCCUGAGCGAGGCGCAGGUGGCCCAGAAGCUGGCCAAGGACCCCAAGCCUGCCAUCCGCUUCCACCUGGAGGGGGAGGCGCCAGCCUUCCAGGACUUGGUGUACGGCUGGAAUCGGCAUGAGGUGGCCAGUGUGGAGGGGGACCCAGUCAUCCUGAAGAGCGAUGGCUUCCCCACCUACCACCUGGCCUGUGUGGUGGACGACCACCACAUGGGCAUCAGCCACGUGCUGCGAGGCUCCGAGUGGCUGGUCUCCACCUCCAAGCAUCUGCUCCUCUACCAGGCCCUGGGCUGGCAGCCCCCGCGCUUUGCCCACCUGCCCCUGCUCCUCAACAGGGAUGGCAGCAAGCUGUCCAAGAGGCAAGGGGACAUCUUCCUGGAGCAUUUUGCUGCCGCCGGCUUCCUGCCAGAUGCCUUGCUCGAUAUCAUCACCAGCUGCGGCUCAGGGUUUGCAGAGAACCAGAUGGGCAGGACCUUGCCAGAGCUGAUCACACAGUUUGACCUGACCCGGCUCACCUGCCACUCAGCCCUGCUGGACCUGGAAAAGCUCCCAGAAUUCAACAGGCUGCACCUCCGCCGUCUGGUGAGCGAUGAGACCCAGAGACGCCAGCUGGUGGGGAAGCUACAGGCUCUCGUGGAGGAGGCAUUCGGGAGCCAGCUGCAAGACAGGCAUGUGCUGGACGCAGCCUACGUGGAGAGGAUCAUCCUGCUGAGACAAGGUCACAUUUGCCGCCUGCAGGAUUUGGUCUCCCCAGCGCACUCCUACCUGUGGACUCGCCCUGCUGUGGGUCGAGCACAGCUGGGCGCCGUCUCGGAGAAGGUGGACGUCAUUGCCAAGCGUGUGCUGGGGUGAGUGUCCGCAGGCUGAGUUCAGGGUUCUGCACCUCCCUUCCCUGUCUCCCCACUAGGGCCCCCUUCACUACAGGGCUCGGCUGUCAGGCCUGCAGUACAACCCCAGAGCUAGUGAGAGGUUCUCGGUGAGACGAUCGCUCACGGCUCUCUUGGCGGUAGGGCUGACCCUGAGGAGCCCGGGCUCUCCCGGGAAGAGGCGGUGGUCCGGCGCUGGGAUUGGACCCACCUGGGUUCCAUUCCCACCCCACCCCUCACUGGCCCAGUUAGUUCACCUGCCCAGGGGUCUUCAAUUUGUCCAAGUGACUGCACGUCCUUGAGCUUCCGUUUCCUCACCUAUAGGGUGGAGAUGAUACUAGGUCUUAUUUUAACAGUAGCAGGACUCUCCAGAUUACGAGAGCACAAAGUGCAACCAAAGCAGGCUUAAGCAAGGGGGGAAUGAUUGGUGUAUGUAACUGCAGAGGCUAGGAGAAGAGCCAACUUGAGGUCCAGCUUAAAGCAGGGGCCAAAAAUAUGGCACCAAGACCUAAUUUCUCCCUCUGUCCCUUUGACUUUCUCCCCGACCCUUCCCCACGCCCGCUACUCCUUCUGCAGGGGUUCUGUAUCGGGUAGAUGGAGCGUGGGAUGCUCUACCAGACAGGACGAGCACCUUUCUCCCUUACCUGCAUCCAGAGCAGGCAGUUUGGGGCUGAACAGCUUUCUCCACAUCUCCAGGGUCCUGUCAUCCCUGGGUUUUGCUCUUGUCCCCAUGGUCCGUGGUGGCUCACGAUUCAGCCAGAGGAGGAAGGAGGAAAGGGAGCGGGGGAUGGGAUACUCCUCCCCCUUAGGGACUUGACUUAAAAGUGACACACUCGUUUCCACCCGCCUCCCGCUGGCCCGAACGCCUGUCUUACGGCCACUCCAAGCUACAAGGGAAUCUGGAAAAUGUAGUUUUUACCUUGGGGGCCGGGUGCCCAGCUGAAAAUUGUGUCAGUACACAUGAGAGGGAGAAAGGAUACCAGGGGUCAAAAGCAGCCUCUCUCACAGUCUCCACUGUGGUGGUAAGACAGCAAAACCUUAGCCUCCGGCUCCAGCUGUGUCCUGAGAUUCACUCUGUUGGGGCCUGAUUAGCCUGGUUUUUCUGUGUCGGAACUAGUCACUGAGGCCUGGAGAAUGUGAUGUGCUGACCGGCUUAGGUUAGGUCAUACGUGGGACCCUGAGUGGACCCCCCCCACCACCAGCCAAAGCACAUGUCCUGAGGAUGGAGCCAGGUAGUUCCACAGGGAGAGUUAGGGCCUGUGGAGAGAGUUAUAAAGAUUAAAUUAGAUAAUAAUAGCAAACACUCGUGUGGGUUUGCUUACACACGUGCCUACAGCAUGCUGUGUUAUAUAUCAUAUACGUUAGAUGUGUACACGGAUAUGUGUGCAUGCUAUGUGUAUGUGUAUACACUUGAAUUCAUAGCGACCUAAUAAAGGAACUACUGUUGUUAUGCCAAUUUUAACAGGUGAGGAAAUCAAGGCACAAAGAGGUUAAGUAACUUGUCUAAAAUAAUACAGCUAGUCAAUCGAAGGAGCAGGGAUUGAGACUCAAGGUGGCUGGGGCAAGAGACCGUUAUGUCCAAUCAUAUUCUCUAUUGCUUAUCCUUGGUGUAAAGUACCUGGACAGCCCCUGAUAACAAGCAACCAUCACAAGUCUUCGCUCCUACUCAGCCCCCAACAGAAAGGCAGUCCCAAACAGCAGUUUCCUUUGUGAAAUGUCUGUGUAUUCAAGGAAAUGUGUAUACAACCCAUUCUUCCAACUUUUUGAAUUUAAAACUUAAUUGUUAUUAAUACAUUCAAACCUCUUGAACCUCUAGGUUUAAAACCUAGAAAUUAUUUUAAAAGGUAUAUAUCAGGAGUCCCAUUUUUAAUCCUUGUCCUCUGUCUGCCCCAUUCCAGAACCCUCUCUGGAUGUUACUACUAUUCAUAUCUAAAUAAUCCUUAUUUUUCAGCUUUUUUACACAAAAGGAACAAUACAGGGAAUUCUCUGGUGGUCCAGGGGUUAGGACUCAGUGCUUUCACUGCCAGGGGCCUGGGUUUAGGCCCUGAUGGGCAACUAAGAUCCUGCAAGCUAAGCAGUGUGGCCAAAAAAAAAAAAAAAGUAUGAUACAAUAACACUGUUGUCUUUGGGUGGGAUUUUUGUUUUAAUUUUUUUAGUGAAGUAUAGUUUAUUUAUAAUAUUAUGUUAGUUUCAAAUGUACAACAUAAUGAUUCAGUAUUUUUAUAGAUUAUACUUCAUUUAAAGCUUACAAAAUAAUGGCUGUAUUUCCCUACGUGUCUUUAUGUGUGUUUUUGCUUGUUUGUCUGUUUGUUUUUCCCUUAACAAUUUAUCUUUAGAUCUGUCCAGGGCUUAGAAGAGCAUCCUCAUUCUUUUCUCAGCUACAGCUAUUCCCUUUUUAUACCACUUUACCAUGAUUUAUAUAAUUCACCUCCUAUUGAUGGACGUUUGGAUUGCUUCCAAAUUUUGCGGUUACAAACAAUGCCACAGUGAGUGACCUUGAAUAGACAUCAUUAAGUACCCUUACAAGUAAAUCUCCCGGAUAAAUUCCCAAGAGGUAUUAUUAAUAAUAAUACUCCCUUAAUUUAGGACAUUCCACAUGAGGCUGUUAGUUCUAGUUCACCGGGCUAAUGUCUUACCUCCCCACCCCUGCCAUGGGAUUAGAUUUUAGAGACCCUCCUCUGGGGCUCCUACUGAAGGCAGGAAAGCCGACGCCCAAAUAUUUAGAAGCUGCCGGAUCUCUGGAAGUCCCUCUGUGCCCAUGCCAAGGCCUGGACCAGCUCUAACAUGUCCUGGCUGCCAGUGUUGGCUGCCUGGGGCCUAUCAUUCUUUCACCAGCUCCUUGGCAGCCUGAUUCUCCACAGUGACAUUGAGGAGUGUGUUUGGUUUUUUCCCACAUUACAUUUUUUUUUUUUUUGAAGUAUAGUUGAUUUACAAUGUGUUAAUUUCUGCUAUAUAGCAAAGUGAUUCAGUUAUACAUAUUCUUUUCCAUAGUCUUUUCCAUUAUGGUUUAUCACAGGAUACUGACUAUAGUUUCCUGUGCUGUGUGGUAGGACCUUGUUGUUUAUCCAUUUUAUAUAUAAUGGUUUGCAUCUGCUAGUCCUAAACUGCCAGUCCUUCCCUCCCCCACCCCGCCCACCCUUGGCAACCACAGGUCUGUUCUCUAUGUCUGUGAGUCUGUUUCUGGUUCGUAGAUAUGUUCAUUUGUGUCAUAUUUUAGAUUCCACAUAUAAGUGAUAUCAUAUGGUAUUUGUCUCUUUCUGACUUAUUUCACUUCGUAUGAUAAUCUCUA